UUGAGCUUUGAAUAUUUACAAGGAUUAAAACCAGAGAUUUCUCUUACUUAUUUGAAAAAAGUAUUUUUAUAAAUCGAUCUUUUGGAUUUGGAGAAACUAAGUUCUUGAUAACCCAAUCUUUAAUCGAGCUUACAGGCUCACAAACUGGAACAUUGUAUCGUGUACAAAAAUAGAUGACACUAGUUGUCAAAGUGAUGGCUUUCUACUAGCAUCUUUAAAAAAAUAGAAAGAGACUGCCACUCUUUAAUGGAUCUAAUUCGCCGCUUUACAAUUUGCAUUUAAAGGAUGAGUGAUCUUUUUGGUAGCAAAAUCAAUUUUGAGGAGAGAGUCACACACACACAGAAGACAAGAGAAGAAGAUGCAGCAAGAGAAAGAUAAUAAAAAAGAUUGUUGCAAGGUCAUUCCUCAACCUGUUAAGGAUUUCAUCAGGUGUCUGAGAUUCAGACGCUCGUCUUCUUCUUCUUCUUCAGACAUGGCCAAAGCUAAACCAAGAAAAAAUGAGGAGAAAUUAGAAGAUUCAUCUAUCGAAACUACAACGAGGGGUAUCAAGCUAAUGGGUACAAGGAUAAGGAAGCAACCAGUUAGCUCAGGAAAACGAGGUGGAGUUAACAACUACGACAUGUAGCUAAGAGUCUUUAUAUGUAGAACUAAAUCAUCUUGUUUAAUUAGUUGUUUACUCUCUAAACGAAACUUGCUUUGCUUCUCAAGGAAUAAUGAUGUCAGUAUUAUAAUUCCAUAUUCAA